UUCGAGCCCUUCGAGGAACUAUUCUGAGGAACGCCAUAGCUUGUAGAACUAGAUAGUUGUAGGAAGAAGUACGUGGCACCAAUAUUCCGGCCUGGUGUAGCUGCUAGUCAGUAAAUGCACAUUUUUUUCUGUGCUUCCCAGGAUGCUCGUAUCAAAGGGGUCGCCACAGCCUCCCGGGUCGCCGCUGUCCCGCCCGGAGGGUGAAGCGCCCCCGCCUGCGCCCCCUGCCGAAGGCCGGCGGAGAAGUCGCCGGGUGCGUCUCCGCGGAACCUGCCGACACCGACCGAUCUUCUUGGGCCGACGAGAGCUCGCCAGGAGCACCCCAACCGCGCCGGAGACGGGGUCCUCCGAGAUAAUAUCAUCGGCUACCAAGGAAUUUAAAAUGGACAGCUUUUCACCUAAAGCUGGUACUAGCAAAUUGCAGCAGACAGUACCAGCUGAUGCAUCUCCUGAUUCUAAGUGUCCUAUAUGUUUGGACAGAUUUGAUAAUGUUUCUUAUUUGGAUCGCUGCCUGCAUAAAUUCUGUUUUCGCUGUGUGCAGGAGUGGUCAAAAAACAAAGCUGAAUGUCCACUAUGUAAACAACCUUUUGACUCUAUUUUUCAUUCUGUGAAGGCAGAAGAUGAUUUCCAGGAGUAUAUCCUAAGGCCUUCAUAUAAUGGAUCUUUUGCCACUCCUGAUGGUCGAAGAUUCCGCUAUCGCACAACUAUGACAAGGGAACGAAGCACUUCCGUUUAUUCGCCUAGUAGUACUGUGAAUAGAAGAACAACUACUCCACCAGAUAGUGGAGUAAUAUUUGAAGGGUUAAGCAAUGCAGCAAGACAUAGAGAGAGUGAACUUAUAAGACCGACUUCACUACGGAGGCCAGCUACUGUUGCAGAUGAACGAUCUUUGCGGAAAAUACAAGAACAGGAUAUUAUAAACUUCAGGCGAACUCUCUACCGGGCUGGUGCUCGUGUUAGAAAUAUUGAAGAUGGUGGUCGCUACAGGGAUAUUUCUGCUGAAUUUUUUCGUAGAAAUCCUGCUUGUCUUCACAGACUAGUUCCCUGGUUAAAACGAGAACUCACGGUUCUUUUUGGAGCUCAUGGUUCUUUAGUGAAUAUUGUACAGCACAUCAUCAUGAGUAAUGUUACUCGAUAUGACUUAGAGAGUCAGGCAUUUGUGUCUGAUUUAAGACCAUUUUUACUCAAUCGUACCGAACAUUUUAUACAUGAAUUUAUCAGUUUUGCUCGAUCUCCUUUUAACAUGGCAGCAUUUGAUCAGCAUGCUAAUUAUGAUUGUCCUGCCCCUUCCUAUGAAGAAGGUAGCCACUCUGAUUCUUCAGUCAUAACAAUUUCUCCAGAUGAAGCUGAGCCCCAAGAGAUGGAUGUUAAUGUAGCCACUGUGAGUCAAGCACCAUGGGAUGAUGAGACUCCAGGACCAUCAUAUUCAAGCUCUGAACAAGUUCAUGCUGCUAUAUCUUCCCUUUUAAAUUCAUCUGACAGUUCAGAUGAUGAACUUGUAUCAGCAAGAGCCACAUCUCAGAUACAAGAAGUGCAAACCAAUGAGGACCUAAAUAAUGACAGUGAUUCUUCCUCAGAUAAUUGUGUCAUUGUUGGGUUUGUUAAACCAUUAGCUGAGAGAACCCCAGAACUUGUUGAACUGUCCUCUGAUUCUGAGGAAUUAGGAUCAUAUGAAAAAAUGGAGACAGUGAAGACACAAGAACAAGAGCAGUCUUACAGUUCAGGUGAUAGUGAUGUUAGUAGAUGCUCAACUCCACAUUCUGUCCUUGAAAAAGAUGAGCAAAUAAACAAAGGUCAUCAUGAUUCUGCUACGAGAAUGAAGUCGAAGGAGGAGGAAAAACGAUCUACGUCAUUGUCAUCUCCCAGAGACUUGAACUUAUCUAUCAGGGGAGACAGGGUAUAUUCUCCAUAUAAUCAUAGACACCGCAAGACAGUACGAUCGAGAAGUUCAGAUUCUCGUUCACAGAGUAGAAGUGGACAUGAUCAGAAAAGUCAUAAAAAGCAUCAUGGGAAGAAAAGAAUGAAAAGCAAACGAUCCAGAAGCAGAGAGAGCAGCAGACCUCGAGGUAGAAGAGACAAAAAGAGGUCACGGACUAGAGAGAGUAGUUGGUCAAGAAGGAGUCAAACACUGUCUUUAAGCAGUGACAGCACAAGCAGAUCAAGGUCUCGUAGCAGUGAUCAUGGUAAAAGAAGAUCACGAAGCAGAAAUAGAGAUCGUUAUUACUUAAGAAAUAAUUUUGGAAGCAGAUAUAAGUGGGAAUAUACCUACUAUAGUAGAAACAAGGACAGAGAUGGUUAUGAAUCGUCUUAUAGGAGGAGGACACUCUCCAGAGCGCAUUACUCUAGACAAUCUUCAAGUCCAGAAUUUAGAAUUCAGUCCUUUUCUGAAAGAACAAAUGCUCGGAAAAAAAGUAAUCACAGUGAAAGGAAAUAUUACUACUAUGAAAGACACAGAUCGAGGAGUCUGUCUAGUAGUAGAUCAAAGACUGCAUCUGCUAUACCUGACCGGAUCAGAAAUGAAAAACCUGGAGGGAAACGAAAAUAUAAAACACGUCAUUUGGAGGGUAAUAGUGAAGUGGCUCAGACAUCUCGAGAAUUUGCUUCUAAAGUAAAAGAGAGUCAUUACCAAAAGUCAUCAAAAUUAGAUGGAAACUACAAAAAUGAGAGUGACAGCUUUUCAGACAGCCGGUCAUCAGACAGAGAAACAAAACACAAAAGGAAUAAAAGGACCAGAAGCCCAAGUGUAGAGAUAGUCUAUGAAGGAAAACCCACCGAUACAGCUAGACAUCACAAAAAGAAAAAGAAAAAACAUAAGAAGAAGCAUAAGAAACAUGGGGAUAAUGCUUUACGUUCUCCAGUCAUCAUUACCAUUGAUAGCGAUAGUGACAAGGAUCCUGAAAUAAAGGAGAAUGCGGAGUGUAACAAUAGUGGUCCUCAGGACUCUCUACACAGUGAAUUUUUACCUCCUUCCUUGGAACCAGCUGAAACUAAAGAUGUCGUUACAAUAGAUGAUGAAUCUGGUGUUGUGGACAAGGAGUGUGAUGUUACUUCAUUUGACACCAACAGAACCGUACAUAAUACUCCACCCCAGAUAGCUUCAGUUGAACAAACUCUUGAUGUUAGAGAAGAGAGCAUCUUUACCUCUGAUGUGGAGAACCAACCAAGUAAUGUGUCUAUUCAAAUUGAGCCAUCAACACAGUUGCCAUCUCCACGGACAUCAUUAAUGCCACUAUCUCUUGGUGGAGACUGAUUUGUCUUAAACCUGCCAAAGCGUCUCAGUAAGAAUUCUAAUGUAAAAUGGAAAGAAAGGAACUGUCAUUAAGUUCAGUCUACUUAAAGAUGACAUAGUGAAACUCUUUUUCCCCCCUUAAAGUAUUUUAUGUUUCUUUCUGUUAAAAAUUUCUAAAAAUCACUAUUUGUUCAAAAAGUCUGUAUGUUCCAGCCUCAGAGAUAUGCACUUUUAAGUGAAGAAAAAUAUCGCUAGGGUUUAUUUAAAACUCGGGAUCCUUUUUAAGUAAAAAAUUGUAAAGUUUAGAAGUUAUUUCAUAAAUCCAUAUGGUAUUGACAUAUUUUUAAAGUAGUUGAUGGUAUUUUUGAAUUUGUUUUGGCAAGUUAUUCUGGGAAUGUGCUAUAAGCUGGGAGAAACCCUUUGAACAGUCUUUAUUUUUUAUUCUUAAAAUUUUGUAUUAUUCAAAACCAUUACUUCAGAUUAAAUUCAGGCAUUUUAAUAUGCAGUGUAUCUUAAUAUCUGCCAAAAGAAAAGUUUUUAAUAUUUCCUUUAUAUACUUGUUGAUCUGGACUUCCAGUAAAAACAAAUGUGUAUUCAACAAAAGAAAAUAAAACAGUAAUACUUUAAAACCA